AUGGGAGAGAGAGCGCCAAUUUCUACUGAAGAUACGCUCGUGCGAUACGACAAUCCUGUUUUAGUCACUAAGCAACCUGAAAAAGCUGUAUCGCCCCCUACCGGUACGCUUGCUCAACCAUGUAUCCCUACUGAAGCAAAACGUGAAACAGAAGAGAUUCUGAAUGCCAUCCUACCUCCUAAAGAAUGGGAAGAAGAUGGCCAGAUAUGGACGCAAAAAAUAUCAUCGACGCCUGCGACCAGAUUGGAUGUGAUUAAUCUCCAGGAAAUGUUAGACACCCGCUUGCAGCAAAGACAAGCUAGAGAGACUGGUAUAUGUCCUGUACGAAGACAACUUUAUACUCAAUGUUUUGAUGAACUCAUAAGACAGGUAACAAUUAACUGUGGUGAACGAGGACUUUUACUAUUAAGAGUUCGCGAUGAAGCGAGAAUCACUAUGGAGGCAUAUCAGACACUUUACUGCAGUUCAAUCGCUUUUGGUAUGAGAAAAGCUUUACAGUCUGAGCAAGGAAAAUCGGAUUUAAUGGACCAAGUUGCAAAGUUAGAGGCUGAACGGUCAUCUUUAGAAAAACAAUGUAUGGAGUUGAAACAGAAAACUGAGCAGUUAGAACGUCGAGCCGCAGAACUACGAGCGGCCGAAGAGAAGCGACAUCAAGAAGAAUUACUUGCAUUAAAGAAAACUAAUGCUCAGUUGAAGGCUCAACUUGAAGGCAUCAUAGCUCCGAAGAAG